AUGAAGAGCUACAGCCAAUUUAAUUUAAACGCCGCCGCCCCGCCCGCCAUUGCCUACGAUAGUUCAGUUGUGAAUCCCAACGGUUCGCCGCUCGAUCCUCUCCAGCAACAGCAGCACCAGCAGCAGCAGCAACAACAACCGCAGCGCCAGGACAUGCCGCACUUUGGACUUCCGGGUCCUCAGCCGCCGCCGCCGACGUCGCAGCAGCAGCAGUUGCAAGUGCAUCACCAGCAGCAGCAGCAACAACAACAGCAACACCAGCAGCAGCAACAAAUGCAGAUGUCCUUGCUGCCGGGUCCUUACCGGCCGCACAUCGAGGAGAAGAAGCUCACCCGCGACGCCAUGGAGAAGUACAUGCGCGAGCGCAACGACAUGGUCAUCGUGAUCCUGCAUGCCAAGGUGGCCCAGAAGUCCUACGGCAAUGAGAAGCGCUUCUUCUGUCCACCGCCGUGCAUUUACCUCUUCGGAAGCGGCUGGCGUCGGCGGUACGAAGAGAUGUUGCAGCAGGGCGAAGGCGAACAGGGAGCGCAGCUGUGCGCCUUCAUCGGAAUCGGGAGCAGUGACCAGGACAUGCAGCAGUUGGAUCUCAAUGGCAAGCAGUACUGUGCGGCCAAGACGCUCUUCAUCUCGGACUCGGACAAGCGAAAACACUUCAUGCUGUCGGUGAAAAUGUUCUACGGCAAUGGCCACGACAUUGGGGUGUUCAACUCGAAGCGAAUAAAGGUGAUAUCGAAGCCGUCCAAGAAGAAACAGUCGCUAAAGAAUGCCGACCUGUGCAUAGCCAGCGGCACCAAUGUUGCCCUCUUCAAUCGCCUGCGUUCCCAGACCGUCUCCACCCGCUAUCUGCACGUGGAGAAUGGACACUUCCAUGCCUCGUCGACGCAAUGGGGUGCCUUCACGAUACACCUGUUGGAUGACAACGAGUCCGAGUCGGAGGAGUUCCAGGUGCGCGAUGGCUACAUCCAUUACGGUGCCACGGUCAAGCUGGUGUGCUCCGUGACGGGCAUGGCGCUGCCGCGUCUGAUCAUCCGGAAGGUGGACAAGCAGAUGGCCUUGCUGGAGGCCGACGAUCCUGUCUCGCAACUGCACAAGUGCGCCUUCUACAUGAAGGACACGGACCGAAUGUAUCUGUGCCUCUCGCAGGAGAAGAUCAUCCAGUUCCAGGCCACGCCCUGUCCCAAGGAGCCCAACAAGGAGAUGAUCAACGACGGCGCCUGCUGGACCAUCAUAUCCACGGACAAGGCUGAGUACCAGUUCUACGAGGGCAUGGGUCCUGUGGCUUCUCCAGUUACGCCAGUGCCAAUUGUAAAUUCACUGAAUCUCAAUGGCGGCGGCGAUGUGGCCAUGCUAGAGCUCAGUGGCGACAACUUUACGCCGCAUCUGCAGGUGUGGUUCGGCGAUGUGGAGGCGGAGACCAUGUACCGCUGCACGGAGACGCUGCUUUGCGUGGUGCCUGAGAUUUCCCAGUUCCGCGGCGAAUGGCUUUGGGUGCGACAACCCACACAGGUGCCCAUUUCGCUGGUGCGCAAUGAUGGCAUUAUUUAUGCCACAGGUCUGACCUUCACAUAUACUCCUGAGCCGGGUCCGCGGCCACAUUGCAACACCCAGGCCGAGGAUGUGAUGCGGACGCGACAGAACAACAAUAAUAACAACAUCACUAGCAUUAGCAACAACAACAACAGCAACAAUGCGGGAUCCCCGGCCGGCGGCAGUAUGCAACAACAACAGCCACAGCAGCAGCAGCAUCAGGCGCUGCCCUCCAUCUCAGAAGUGCAAUGGAAUAGUCAUGGUAGCGGCUUGUCCUGAGUGCAGGAUUAUUGCAUCGCACACAUAUGUAUCCUAAGUUAUUUAUAGUUUUUAUUGGAGACCUUAGUUUGUAGAUUGACAAUUUUUCUCAUACUAAUUUUCCACCUCUCAUGACGUGAACCAAAAUGUGUGCCCCCUCCUCUCUAAAGUGAAUCAUCCUUUAUACAUGUAUUUAGUGCUAGUUUGGAACCAAUAGAUUUGUAAA